GCGAGCGGGAGCCGCCGGAGGAGGAGAGGCGGCAGCAGCUCGGCGGCCAGCGGCAGCUGUGCUCCGCGCCCCGCGCUCCCUGCGCGGCUCUCCCGCUCCAUGCCGCCCAGCGCUCGGUGGCGCGGCCCCCGCGGGGCGAAGGCUGGCGCUGGGCGGGGAGCGACGCGGCGGUGCUGAAGGACAGCUCCGCUCCGCGCUGCCCCGCGCUCCUCCGCGCCCCGGCGCGCCCCGGCGCCGGGUGGCCGCCAGGCCGCCGGCCCGCCGCGCCUUGAUGUGCCCCCCGCCACCGCGCUGGCGGCUCCCAUGGCGGUGGCACGGAAAAUCAAAACUUUGUUGACCGUGAACAUCUUGGUCUUCGUGGGCAUCAUCCUCUUCUCGGUCUACUGCAGGAUCCAGGACCGCUCCCAGGAGCUGGUGCAAAUCGUCCGGAGCGCGGACCGCCGGGCCAGGAGCCGCGGCGCCAAGGUGGGCAGCCUGGCUGACAGGGAGUCCAUCCUGCAGCGCCUGGACCACCUGGAGGAAGUGGUCUACAACCAGCUAAAUGGUCUGGCAAAGCCCAUGGGAUUAGUUGAAGGCCCAGGAGGUUUGGGCCAGGGGGGAAUGGCUGCUACCCUGAGAGAUGAUAGCCAUGAAUCAGAGACUAAGUAUGAAGAAUACGGUUACAAUGCCCAGCUCAGUGACAGGAUAUCAUUGGACAGGUCCAUCCCUGACUACAGACCAAAAAAGUGCAAACAGAUAACCUACCCAGAUGACCUGCCCCAGAUCUCUGUGGUCUUUAUAUUUGUAAACGAGGCACUGUCUGUCAUCCUGCGUUCGGUGCACAGCGUUGUGAAUCACACCCCAUCGCACUUGCUCAAGGAGAUCAUUCUGGUGGAUGACAACAGUGACAACGUUGAGCUAAAAUUUAAUCUGGACCAGUAUGUCAAUAAAAGAUACCCAGGUCUGGUGAAAAUAGUGCGCAACAACAAACGAGAAGGACUGAUUCGAGCCAGAAUCCAAGGCUGGAAAGCAGCAACUUCUCCCGUUGUUGGAUUCUUUGAUGCUCACGUUGAGUUCAACACUGGCUGGGUGGAACCUGCGCUUACCCGGAUCAAAGAAGAUCGAAAGAGGAUCAUCUUGCCAGCAAUUGACAAUAUCAAGUACAACACUUUUGAAGUGCAGCAAUACGCCAAUGCAGCCCACGGCUAUAACUGGGGCCUCUGGUGCAUGUACAUAAUCCCACCACAGGACUGGCUCGAUAAAGGGGAUGAGUCAGCUCCCAUCAGGACACCAGCUAUGAUUGGCUGCUCGUUCGUGGUGGACAGAGAGUACUUUGGUGAGAUUGGCUUGCUGGACCCUGGUAUGGAGGUCUAUGGAGGAGAGAACAUUGAGUUAGGCAUGAGGGUGUGGCAGUGUGGAGGAAGCAUGGAGGUGUUACCCUGUUCUCGCGUGGCACACAUCGAGCGCACAAAGAAACCCUACAACAAUGACAUUGAUUACUAUGCAAAGCGCAACGCCCUGCGGGCUGCUGAGGUCUGGAUGGAUGACUUCAAGUCACACGUUUACAUGGCCUGGAACAUCCCCAUGGCAAACCCUGGAGUUGACUUUGGAGAUGUUUCUGAAAGAAUAGCUCUACGACAGCGACUACAGUGUCGGAGUUUUAAGUGGUACUUGGAGAACGUCUAUCCUGAAAUGAGGGUUUACAAUAACACAGUUACUUAUGGAGAGGUGCGUAACAGCAAAGCUAGCGGCUACUGCUUAGAUCAGGGAGCCGAAGAGGAUGACAAAGCAAUCCUUUAUCCAUGCCAUGGAAUGUCCUCUCAGCUUGUGCGCUACAGCUCGGAAGGCGUCCUGCAGCUGGGGCCACUGGGCUCCACAGCCUUCCUGCCUGACUCCAAAUGUCUUGUUGAUGAUGGGAAGGGCAGGACACCAACUCUGAAGAAGUGUGAAGAUGUCCUGAGGCCCGCACAGCGAUUCUGGGAUUUCACACAGAAUGGUCCAAUCAUCAGUAGAGACACUGGCCGCUGUCUAGAAGUGGAAAUGUCAAAGGAUGCAAAUUUUGGGCUCAGAUUAGUUGUACAAAGAUGCUCGGGGCAAAAAUGGAUGAUUAGAAACUGGAUAAAGCAUGGCCGACAUUGACUGCUGGGGCUGAGCAGCUGCCUCUCCUGCUGUUGUCCAUUGCUCAGUGUGCCAUAUCUUGCAAGGCAUUUGUCUUUAAAGCAAAUUAGCUUGAACAGGACUUGGCCCUCAAGAGUUCUCCACAGCUGGGCAUUCAGAGGAAAAAAGAAGAACAAGAGAAGCAGACACAUACAUGCCCUAUUUGACUCAUUCUUGCUCCAGUAGAUGACCUGGAAAGCUGAACAAGAGUUUUCUGGUGAUUUGGAAAUGUUGUAAAGAUCAGAACACAAUAGAAAUGUGGGUUCCUUACGCUCUCCUGGAGGAGUUAAUAGACAGAUGUUUCUAUGAUGAGUUCAAAGGAGAGAUCCCAAUACUGCCUCAUAAAGAGAGUUCUCUGGUGGGUAGCUUUUUAGCUUUAAGUUAUUGACUGGUGCACAACUCCUGUGGUGAAUAAUCAUGUGCCUUUUUAUUGUACUUCGUAUAAAAGGGGACUGGAAAAUCCAACCUUUUCAGCAUGUCUGGUUCAUUGUACUAAACAAGAAGAUCUGUAAAUAACACUGCAAAUAUAAUAUAAUAUAUGAUAAAACUCAAGGUUGAUUGUUUAGGAGUCUCUGUUUGUAGAAAGAGACUGUUCCACAAAUGUUUACAGGUGGUUCUCAACCUUCAAGCUGUUGAAAAGCAGCAUUUUAGAGCUCUCUUCUAGUUAGACACAGGUAAAUGUUGAAUAAGUAAAAUAACCACAUGCUCUGUUCUAUUGCCACAUUUUACAUUUUUGGCUCCAAAGGCAUCACAAUGUAACACUUGCAUAUUGAACUCUUUUUGAGGCAGUAAAUGUCCUAGCAGAUGGAGGAAUUUCUAGAGGCCUCAGCUGGCCCACAAGUCCUGACUAUGUAAGUGCAAGGUUCCCAUCCUGCAGUGCUGCUCAUGUAGGUACACAGUUGGGUUGUUCCAGAAACUGCCUGGAAGCUGGAUGGUCAUUACUCUUGAAAACAAAUUGACUGACUUAGGUUCCAUCUGUGAAGUACAACAACUUGAAUCUUCCAUUUUGUUACCCAUCCUGUGAAAAUGUCAAAUGUGAGCAAACAGCUUUGUGAGCACCGUCUGGAGAAAUUUCUUCAACAAGCCAACAAAGUCUUUUCAGUGUUUGAAAAACAGAGACCUAGUGAUGAGAGGGCAAACCAGAGCAAGAACUAGACAGCAUAUACAAAAACUGUUACUCUGAAACAUAAAUAUUUUACUGUAGUUGACCCAUUGACGGCAUCUUUGUGAACCUGAACUUGAUAAUGUAUCCAGUGGCUCAUGCAGCAUCUGUGCACGAGUGGCCCGAGCAACGACAAGGCCUUACCUGACCACUGUCAACAUCAACAGCCUUUGGAUGUGGGUCCAUGGCAGACAACUUUUCACUACAGAAGAUUCAGUUGUACUGCAAGAGAGACAGAGGAGGUAUCUGUUAAUGUCACUGUUUAAUAUUUUAUAGUACUUGAAAAGAAAAUGAAGGUUGGGUUUGUCUUACUGAGCCAGGAAAAGAGGUAAUUGCAGCUACUGUGGUACCAUGAAUCCUGAUGAUCUCUUUCUUGAAGAGCUUUUGCCAUUCCUUCUUCAAGGCAUGCUGAACAAAAUAGAAUGGAAACAACAUUUUUUCAAGGGCAUGAUAUGUAAUAAAAUAUUUACUUUUAACAUGCAAAAUCCAUCAGUUCUUGUCAGCUCUUGGUUGGUAUCUAGAAAGCAUAUCACUGUAUUUUGCCCCAAAUUCAUCUUUCUAACAGCAUGUAAGACGUAGUACAAAGCCAUUCCCCUUGAUUUAGUUUGUGGCUGAGUGCUGAUCUUUUACUUCUCUCACAUGAAAGAAGGGCAGAGAAGAGCAGGUAGAUCUGCAAAGGUUUCAAGCAAGCAUGGCAACCCUUCACUACGACACCACUCUAACAAACAUGAAUUGGUCAUCUCAGAAUUUCACUGCUGCCCACUGCAAAGUGUUUGAACGUGGUCGCACCAUCUGAGAGUGGUCAGUCCUGGUAAGAUUUGAGUGCAGAGGGCACAGGCUGCAGAAGGCUUGCAAGAACAAGACAUUCAGUGUAAGAAGGAAAGCAGAUUUAGGGGAUAAACGUCUGAGAUUUACAGAAUAAUGUCAAAGAAUUGGAAUAGCUCUUAAAAGUGGAGCUGGCAUUUUCUGUGAUUGUCAUUUUCUUUUUCAAGGUUUACCAAAACAAUUUCUUAGACUUGAAAAACACAUCUGUUGGAUUAUUUCUGCUUUAGUCUUUAUCUGUAUGAACCACUGCUUUGGCUGUGGUAUUAACACGAUGACUCUGCAUGUGGGAGGGUCUUAAAUAUUCUCUCAUAGAAGGAAUAAUAAGAACAAAUAAAGGCUUGGGUAUUAUCUGUUUUAACCAAGGUCUGUAGGCCUUUUGUCAGUAUCUCACUCCUUAGUAUAAUCUGAAGUCCUGCUUAAUGUUGUGUUCAAAUUUUCAGCCACGUUUCCCAUAGCACAGCAGUACAGAUAUUAUGGGAAGUAUAAACCACAGUGUAACAGGACUGGUAGAGAAAAUUCAGAUCAAAAUCUUCAGUUGCUAUUUUGUUUGAUUUUAGGAGAUUAUGGAGUUAGAUACUGGAUCCUAAGACAUGAGAACAGAAUGUGAGAAAGAACAUAAAGUCUAGUACAUUGCUAUCAAAGGCCAAGCAUUAAAAAAAUAAAAACAACUUCUGUAAGCAUGUGAAGUUCCCUAAAAAUUAAUUUGAGUCUUGUGGUGGAAAAAAAAAAUAACAAAAAACCCUUCUUGCUUUGAAAGUUCUAAACUGUUUUUCAAGCUGAAAUUAUUCUUGCCUUGAUUAAAGCCAUUGUUCCUCAGCCAAAAUUGUCCUCUAGCUUUAUUGGCUCAGUGGUUCCUGAGGUUUGCUAAUCUCCAGCGGAAAUCACCUAAGAGAAAGGAGAGCUAAAAAAGACCAAUGGAUUCCCCUGCAUUUACAGAAAUAUCUGCGUUGUGCUUGUCAAUGAGGCAUGAGAACUCUUCAGGACUGCUCCACCCCCAGAAAGCUAAAUUCUGAUUAAGAAUGGUUCCACAGAAGUGAUGUAAAACAAAGAUAUGAAAACUGACAACAGAUCUUCAUACACAGUCUGAGCAUGUUGAGCUACCUAUCUUGAGUCAAGGAAUAAACUGACGGCUUGAUGUGUCUGAAGAUGCAGUCCCUUGUUUAUAUUUCUUUUCAGCAGCCUGCUCCUUCUUAAAAACUAUGGUCUAGUAGAUGAAAACCUCACUUGCCCUGUGACAAGGGAUGUAAUCUGUUUGACAUGGGACAGAUGCAAUCUUAAGUAGUUAAGCCAAAGCUAAUGAGAUUUAAUGAAAUAACACCAGUCCUAAACUGUUCUUUAGAUCAGCUGCACAGCAUGUAAUUCCUUCAGUAUCCAGUAUUCAUUUGAAAUGGUUCAUUAACAGCCAUACUAAAGCACGUUAGGGCCUUUUUCAGGGCCCAAUGAGUUGGAAGAACUUUAACAGAAGUUGGAGUUUAGAGGGAGUUUGGCAUAUUAGCAUUUAAUUAGGAUACAAAUACCUUUGUCUUCUUCCUGAAAGGCUUUGGGGGGAAAAACAACUGUCAGAAUUUGCCUCAUUGAAAAUGUUUCUAGCAAUGAUGUUCCAUUUUUGACUGCUGCUAUUUUGACUGCCUGCUUCUUACUGCUCAUCAAAGUCAAUGAUGAGGUCCUGCCACAGAUAAAAGAUGGUAUUGUGAAAAACUAACUAACAAGCUGGAGAGAAACCAAGGAAUGAUCAUGUCUUUACACAUCUCUGAAUCUGGAUGCCACCAAAGUAAACUUAAUAUUAUGUUCUGUCUGCAAAGAAUCAUAAACCUAACACAUUCUUGUUCUGCUUCAUCAGGAAUCCCUACUCAAGAGAUCACUGCAGUCUCUACCAAUCCAUCUCAUUUUGCAGAAACAAUUUCUUUUGUGUGGGUG